AAGAAAGCCAAUUUGAACAUCCCACCAAUCCCAUUGGAUAGCACACCACUUGGUGUGAGAUUGGCAAUUACGGCGAGAUAGGAUCCACACAUUUAUUACCCAAGGGCCCCAAUCUCACCGAACGGGUUCGAUUCUGACCCAUGUGUCAAAAUCGACCUCCUGCUGUCAAAAGAACAUCUGUGUGUCGUGGCGAUACCGAUGUCCUAUGUUUGCAAGCGCCCAACGGCCCAGUUAGAAGCUUGUACGUAUUCGUCACCUGCACCACGCCCACGCCCACCACCAGAUGUGCCACAAGGCGAUUUUUCUUAAAAAAAUCAUCCUAUUCCCACUACUUCAAAUUGCCUUAACGCCAUCUCAGAAACGGCCCUGAAGAUCGGAGAGCAAAAAAAAAUAAAAACUUAUUUGUGCGAGCCUAAUCCCUGACAUCUACCAAUAGAACCUCAAUACAACUAAUACAAGCA